GAGACUAGUCAAACAAUGGCACUUCACCGUUUACGAUCGUCAACGCUAGAGAACCUCACCGGUUUGCAGCCUUAGACCACGCUUCCACUCUUCUGAACUCAAGCGGCACACUUGUUUACACACAGCAAGGUCUCAGCAUGGCAAAACACAUCCAUUCUACGUGCUUGGCCCUUGAGAUAUUCAGCUGAUUAAUCAACAGUAUUGUUCCAAGCAGGAGGGGCAGAACUAUUACAAGUAACAACAGUUGUCAAAUAUUAGUAUGAGCAAAGCCAAGAUGGACAAAAGCCUAUCCACUCCAGGAUCACGAAUUGGGACUUUGCUGUAUUCCCUUGAAAAGCUCAACAGUUCCAACACAGAGGAUGUUGAGCAGAUGCGUUACACAACAGCCAAAAUAUUAAACUGCACCAGAGAUCAAGAACCCGUUCGGAAACAGAUCAUGUCAAAAACUACAAACGGGUUGGAGAUACUACUCUCAACGCUGGAGAGUUCGGCCGACAACCAUGUCUCUUUCCAUGUGGUAUCAACAUUGAUGGAGUUGUUAUACACGGGUAAACGAGCUUCAGUUCUUGUGACGCACGGAGCGACUCAGAUUCUGCUGGCUGCCCUCGGGAUGGCGUCUCGCGCACAGCCAGUUUCGGAAGAGCUCAUGGUGGCCUUGCAUCAUGUUCUUAGUAAAAUUGGACCCAAAGACAGAAAGUUUGGUGUGAAAGCUCGUCUCAGCGGUGCCUUACCUAUUACAUUUGGCCUGGUCCGUACCAACACAGCAAACUUUGAGAUCUUGCAACCAGCCCUUCAGGUGCUCAAGAUAUAUGCAACCAAUUCUGUGAAUGCUUCCUAUUUGGAGAGUAAUGCGGCCAGAGCAGUAGGCCAGGGUGGUAUCACCAUGCUUCUCACCAUGAUGUGCGACUGGCAACGCAACGAUGCCAGGAAUCGACACGUCAGGAUACGCAAAGCCAUCCUGAAUGCCAUCAAAAACAUCACUGUACUCAGGUCAGGAAGAAAAGCAUUCAUCGAUGCGAGUGGCAUCAAGGUCCUCUAUGACAUUGCCCAGGAAAACACCGCCAGUCACUGCAAGGAGUUGGAAUCCCUUGUCAAUCUUACCAGUGUCAUCCUGAGGAAGUGCUCUCCACUUAACCGUCUCCCUGUCACCACCAUCAAGUCCUGCAUUACCUUCAACUUACCACCCAGCACAGCAGGACUGCUCCCCUCUCCACCAGAAAGAGAAGGUGAUGAUGUCAUUGAUGAGAGUGAUGACCAAGAUGAUGACAUCAGUAGCAGUGACGAGCAGAAAGACAAUGAGCAGGAGCAAGAAUCCACAGAGUCAACGGCCAAGCUUUCUGAAAUUCAGAAACGAUCACCAGAAGACCUAGCAGUGUAUGAGCACUUCUUUAGAGAACUCACAGAUUAUGAAGAGUUUUUACAGGAAGAGAGUGACUCAGACCUGGAGACAGGAGAUUGUCAGCCCAUCGUCAUCCCAACUGCUGGAACUUCCUCUUCCACAUCUAAUACCCAACCUCACCGGACACAUUCCACCUCCCUCCUCGCAAGCCGUCCCCAACGUGACAAGCAACUGCGGGAGAACCGCCUGAGCUUGCCCAACCUGUCACGCAUGGGUAGCCUGGUCAACAGCAGCUCCGGCCAGCCUGCUGACGAGGCCCAGCCAAUCCAGACCCUCGCCAUCAAUGUCAGUGGGAUGAGACUCGAUCCGUCUAUCCUUGACAGUCAACCGGAUCCCAAGCACCUCAGGACCACGGGUAAAUCGGUUGCUGCAGACAGCAGCAGCAACGGCAUUGACAUGACGAUUAAAGGUGGACGGGCCUCGUUUACAGUUGGCAACCCCAAUCGCUCUCCCAAGCAGGCCGCCUCAUCCUCCAACAGGCACAACCUACGCUCCCCGCCGAAGCUACGCAAACUCUCCAGGUCCUUGUCAAGCCUGAAGAAUUCAACCUCUGACCAGGCCUCCCGUCCUGGCUCCAAGCAGAGCAGCAAGUGGAAGUUGGACCCAGAACUGGAGGAAACCCAGCAGGAUUCUCUCAGAGCGUCUAUGACCAUAUCUCGCAUGACGCUCCGAUCGCCAGAACCGCAGCUGCAGCACAGCGUCUCGCCGGAAUCCGAUUCAGUCAGUCUGGACGACUACAGCUCAGAACUGUAUGCGGAUCUGAUGUGCAAAACAAAGCGGGUGUUGCCAUUCAGGAGAAUUGCUCAGCCGGAGUUGCGCGGCCAUAAAAGCCCAGACACUCCAGAAAUGUUCCAUGAGAAAUCUCCAAGUGUACAGAGAGCCAUGAUAUUUGAGGACAUUGACCGAGUUAUCAAUCCUGUUAAAGUGCUGGACAGGGUGGUCUUUGACUUGGACACUGAGAUCAGGACCAGGGUCUCAGGGCCAGGGGCGACAAGUAGCACGGAGUUGACAUCAUCAGGGCACAUCAGAUCCUCAGAUGCUCUCGCUGAGUUGCCUUUAACCUUUGACUCCCAGUUUGAAUGCGGGAACCUUAGGAAGGCCAUUCAGGUCCGACAGUAUGAGUACGACCUGAUCCUCAACUCGGAUGUCAACAGCAACCACCACCACCAGUGGUUCUACUUUGAGGUGUCCAGCAUGAGGUCUGAUGUGCAGUACCGGUUCAACAUUAUCAACUGCGAGAAGACUAACAGCCAGUUUAAUUAUGGGAUGCAGCCUGUCUUGUAUUCUGUACGAGAGGCCGUGGAAGGGCGCCCUCGCUGGAUGAGAACGGGCAGCGACAUCUGCUACUACAAGAACAACUUUGCCCGCAGUUCCCUGGCGACGGGGGGACAGAAGGGGAAGAGUUACUAUACCCUGGCCUUCACCCUAGCCUUCCAGCACACCAACGACAUCUGCUACUUGGCCUACCAUUAUCCCUUCACGUACACCAUGAUGAAGGUACACCUAAUGAAGCUUGAAGCCAGCCUGAGUGAAUGGAGCAGUAUCUACUACCGCAAUCAAACUCUGUGUGAGACGCUGGGCGGCAACGCAUGCCCGCUGUUGACAAUAACCAGCAACCCUUCAGCCCUAGAUAGGGAAGGAGUGAUGCAGUUCAGAUGCCGGCCCUACAUUGUGUUAUCCUCCCGCGUCCAUCCUGAGAGUAACAGCUCCUGGGUAAUGAAGGGCGUCUUGAAGUACCUGUUGAGCUGUCACCCUACUGCCCAGCUACUCCGAGACAGCUACAUCUUCAAGAUAGUCCCCAUGCUGAACCCAGACGGUGUCAUCAAUGGCAGCCAUCGAUGUUCACUGACUGGAGAAGACCUGAACCGUCGUUGGGAUAACCCUAAUCCUGACCUCCAUCCCACCAUAUACCAUGCCAAAGGUCUCCUACAAUACCUGGCCAUGUGCAGUAGAAACCCUCUGGUGUAUUGUGACUUCCAUGGGCACUCCCGACGGAAAAACGUCUUCAUGUACGGCUGUAGCGAGGCCCAGUCACAACUGACUGAUGACAUCACUAACGGCAAUAAACAGGAGGAUACCAGCUACAAGACCCUCCCUCGAAUCUUGAACCAGUCGGCCCCAGCUUUCUCUCUGAACUCCUGCAGCUUUGUGGUGGAGAAGGCCAAGGAGGCUACUGCGAGGGUGGUAGUGUGGAAAGAACUGAAAGUCCCUCGCAGCUACACCAUGGAGAGCACGUAUUGCGGAUGUGAUCAGGGACAAUACAAGGGAUUUCAAAUCACCACAGCUAUGCUGGAGGAGAUGGGCAGGAAAUUCUGUGACGGGCUCCUGCGUCUCAUAACGCGGCGGUCUGCCGACAAGUCCAUGUCUGACAGGACACCAUCUCAAACGUCCCUGUCUUCAGCCAAGAUCUACCCGGGGUCACUGAAUUCAGUGAUUGCCAAGGACCAAGAUGAUUAUGGAAGUCCCGGAGAGGAUGUUGAUGCUUUGAUACAGGCCUCUGUCCAAGGCCUGUCCACCGACCAUCAGCGCCCCAGGCGGAAACGCCGAAGCAAUGAUAUGGACUCGGCCGAGGAGGAGGAAGAGGGAGAGGACGGCUCGGAGGAAAGCGAAAGCGGGGUGUUUGGAAAGAACAGUGACGAUGAGGCUGAAGACAUGUCACCAGAAACUGCCGGGAUAGAUUAGUGGAAACAAGUCAUUUCUUAAACUUGAAUGGAAUUUGAUGAAUUGUCUUUGAAUGCACUGUUUGUGCUACUCUAAAUUCUCCUAUCAAAACUAUUUGACAUGAUUUCGGAGUUAAGUGCAUCAAAAUAUAGUACCUUUGGUAACAUUUCAUGUUGCCCAUGCAUUCCUGGACAACUGUUAGUGAGGUGUCAUCCAGGGAAGACACUGGUCAGUUUGUAUAGGUUUCUGUUCGAUUUUAAACCCAAAUUUGCUCAGUAAAACAUUUCUGAGAAAGGGUUGCUCAUUGGCUCAUUGCAUUUACACAACAAUGACUUUACCAAAGAACAGGAAUACCGAGGACAGCAGAAUACCAAAAGUCCCAGCAGUUUUUGAGUGUGUGUGCACAAAUCAAUGCAACAUUGAAGUUUUCUCCCUGAAUGACAUCACUGUCAUGACUAUGUAAAUUGGCAUUAGCAUAUUAACCAAAACAGCACCAAAAAUACUAUUUGAAAUACCAGAACAAAAAUUGAAAGUAAAGUUUACUGAAACAAAAAGGUUCAUUUUCAAGGUUUUUCAAUUGAUUGGGUAGUCUCAGGGUCUAGUUACACCUGUUUGGGCGUAUGUCUGUUUCGCACAGAAACAAAUCCAAGCAAUAAGUACACCAAAGAAUAUGGGGACUUUAGAAGCAGCGUUUGCUGAAAAUAGUCACCCUGUGGAAAUUUAAGUGUGUGCGUUUACUAAGGGAAUAAAUAUGUGCUUGGCCUGCGUUUAAGACCAGCUCAGGAGAAUGGACGCGACUA